CAGUGCUCGUCUCGAGAUGAUGAGUAUUGAAUUGUCUGUUGUGCUAUACUUACAGUGUAUGGUUCUGCAUGUGAGAGACAGUUUAGGCCUCUGGAAGUGGCAGAAGAACUACGGGGAGUCAGAGAUUCCAUAAUGUCUUCCUUCAGUGUCCUUGCUUCAUUGCCGGAGAAUCAUUUCCAGUGUCCGAUCUGUCUGAACGUGUUCAGCGACCCGGUCACCACACCUUGUGGUCACAACUUCUGUAAGACCUGCCUGAGCGAGCACUGGGACCAGAGUGAAUUAUGCAGCUGCCCGGUGUGUCAUAAAAGAUUCCACAUAAGGCCCGAGAUCUCCACAAACACAGUCAUCGAAGAGAUUUCAGUCUGCAUCAAGAAAAGGAAAGUUGAGGAACCUGAAAGCAGCGCUGAUGCACCGUGGCAGGUGAAGUGCGAUGUUUGCUCAGAGAUCAAAUUCAAGGCCCUGAAGUCCUGCCUGUUGUGUCUGACGUCGUACUGUGAAGCCCACCUGGAGCCUCACCAGAGAGUUCCCUCCCUGAUGAGACACAAGCUGGUGGACCCGGUGGAGAAUCUGGAGGAGAGGGUGUGUGAGAAGCAUCAGAGGAUCCUUGAGGUUUUCUGCAGGGAGGAACAGGUGUGUAUCUGUCUGCUGUGCAGUGAGACGGACCACAAAAACCACGACAUGGUGCCUGUUGAAGAAGAAGGGGCUCGGCAGAAAGAAAACAUUGAGUCCAAGAUGGCAAACAUCAAGUUGAUGAUUGAUGACAGGAUGGAAAAGAUAAAGGAAUUCACCCACUCUUCUGAAAUGAGCAAAGAAAAAGCAAAUGAGGAGAUAGAUGACAGUGAUAAGCUCUUCAACACUCUGAUAAAUCAUGUACAAGUGGCACAAACAAAACUGAGAUCUAAUAUCAAAAAGAAGCUCCAAAAAUCCCAAGAGAAAGAUGAAGCAAUGAUUGGAGAACUGCAGGAGGAAAUCAGCCAACUGCAGGGGAAGCACUGUGUGCUGGAGGAGCUUUCACAAAGUGAUGACUACUUUUACCUUCUGCAGACUUUGUUGGGCCUGAGCACCACAUCAGACACCAAGGACUGGUCUAAGAUCAGGGUUUACUCAGACCUGUAUGUGCAGACGUUGAGGAGAGCCAUGACUCAUCUUGUGCACACUUUCCAAUCAGAACUGAAAACUCUGACAGACACGGAACUAACCAGGAUGAGACAAUAUAAAGAGUCCGUCACCUUUGACUCAGCUACAGCUGGCAGCUACCUUGUGGUGUCCGACCAUGGGAAAUGUUUGAAGUACAACAAAGCUGCAAGCCCCCCAUGGUCUGACGACCCAGACAGGUUCAACCAACCCAUGAUUUUAGGGACGAAGGGCUUCACCUCUGGGCGUCACUAUUGGGAAGUCCAAGUGGGCUUGAGAACAGACUGGGACGUCGGCGUUGCAAAGGAGACCAUUACCAAAAAAGGGAGGAUAACCCUGAAAAGAGAAAAUGGCUUCUUUGCCAUAGGAAAGAGGGGCCUCGAUUAUGAAGUUCAUUGUACAACCUAUGCAGCCCUCCAUCUGUGUCCCAGACCAAGCAACGUGGGAGUGUAUUUGGACUAUAAUGAAGGCAGAGUCUCUUUCUUUGAUGUUGACAGGAAGUUGCACAUUUACUCCUUCACCGGAGAAUCUUUCUCAGAGAAACUGUUCCCAUACUUCUAUCUGUACAGCUGGGUCAAGAAACCAAAGCCUUUAGUUAUUACCCCUAUGUAAGAAGAAGCAUCUGUUCUUUCUCUCAUUCACUUCCCUCAACAUGCUGAAGAAUAACCAAACAGCAUAAAGUAAUUGUUAGGUCAAACCUCACAACUCGUAUAAGGACCUUCAAAGGUAUCUUCAAAUACUUCAUGUCCCUGAAACCUGUACAACCUAAGCUAAACUUGUAACAACUGGUGACCCAGGUGAGAGUGGACUCAAAUGCACCACUCUGGAGACAGUUCAGAUAC